GGGCAUUUGAGGCGCUACCCGACUUAGGAAGAGAAUUUGCCCAAAUAAAUACUGGUGUCCAACUUCCAAGAAUGUACUGUUGAAAAAUGGAGAAACAGUUGCUAGGCGAGCUGCUUACUAGUUUUUUCGAGAGGGCGGAGAUUCAAGUUCGACGAACAUUGGAACCCUCUUCAUAUGAAUGUGAGUCUUCGUAUUUCAACGAAUUGGGUAUAAUUGUCGAGGAAGAAGAUAGUGGCCGUCAUGAUGAGGAUGAAGAAGGCACUGCAACCAAAGAUGAGGGAGAAGGCAGUGCAUCUUCUAAAGCUGAUGAUGAUGAUGAUGAUGUGGAUGAUGAGGAAGAAGAAGAAGAAGGAAAAGAAGAAGAAGAAGAAGAAAAUGCGNAAGAAGAAGAAGAAGAAGAAGAAGAAGAAGAAGAAAAUGCGUCUCAACCUGAAGAUGCACCACAACCUCAUGUUUUGGAUAAAGAAAAGAUCACAAAUAUAGUGAGGAAAGUGGUGAAGGACGAGGUGAGAAAAGUGGUGAAGGAGGAGAUGAACAAUUUCCGUGCUACUUAUGAUGUGCCAAAUGAUGAUCCGGAUGUUGAGGUGGAGAAAAAUGUGCGGGAUACGGAGACCGUUGAAUGUGACACGAUGAAAUCACCAUCUCCGAUGUCCGAGCAAGAAAUGGCUGGACUUCAUGGAUUUGAUACGGGUUUUGUGACCGACCCGUCAUCAACCAUUGUUGUGUACCAAGAGAGACAACCGCCGACACCAAUCGAGAUAGAGGAAACCGUUGAAGAUCUUGAGUCUCCUAAAGGGAGAGGGCACCGGAAGAAAAGAAAGGCCGCCGUUCUAUGUACUCCGUGGAGGAAUAUUGAAAAAAGGAAAAAAUUUUCAACUGUGACGGAGUACGACCCUUAUAGGCCAGUGGAUCCAGCUAAACUUGAAGAUCUCCAAACGUGGUUGUCGAGCUACCCUGAAAGUGCUGAAGUUGAGUUGUCCUCUGGUGGUGGUCGAGCACGUAAAGUUUUUUUUAAUCAACUUGUGAGCGAUAGAUGGCUUACUAGUGAGCAUGUGGAUGAAGCGCUUUUUCACAUUCGAGAGCGUGGUAAACAGUUCCCUCUCUUGUUUAGACAAGAUUGUGCUGUCUUGGACACGUUUUUUGUCUCGUACGUGAGAAACUUCUUCAAAGACAUGUCGAAGACUAAAAAAUUUCCGAAGGCCUUGCGUAGUUACGCUGCAGGGGGGAUACCAAGUAAUGGAAAGCCGUGGGCUGGUUGUACGAAAUUGUAUGUUCCUUUCUGCAAAGAGGGCGGUGGCCACUGGAUUGCACUGGAGAUUGAUCUAUCCCAGAGAUGCAUUUACGUCUACGAUAGCGAAACAAGUGUCAUGCGGAGGGCAGAACUGGAGAGGCAACUUGAGCCCAUUCGAGUUGUUGUACCGAUGCUACUGGCGCAGCUGAAUGCCAAUUACAGUGGUGAAAAGUUUGAGUACAAACGGUUGACAUCUCCUAGCCAAAGCAAUGGGUUUGAUUGUGGGAUAUUUACUAUCAAGUUCAUAGAAUUUUUGCAUGCUGGAAAAAAUGUUGAAGGUGUCGAUCAAUCUCGGAUUAGUGAUUGGCGUGUUAAACUAGCGUCUGAAAUAUUUGGUGGUCAUUUUGAUCCAUAG